GGAGUCCCUGGACGCCCGCCCGCUGCCCGCUUGGUUCGACCAGGCCAAGUUCGGCAUCUUCAUCCACUGGGGCGUGUUCUCCGUGCCCAGUUUCGGGAGCGAAUGGUUCUGGUGGUAUUGGCAAAAGGAAAAAAUACAAACAUUUGUGGACUUUAUGAAAAAUAACUACCCUCCUGAUUUCAAAUAUGAAGAUUUUGGACCACUAUUUACCGCAAAGUUUUAUGAUGCGAACCAGUGGGCAGAUAUUUUUCAGGCUUCUGGUGCCAAAUAUGUUGUCUUAACUUCCAAACAUCAUGAGGGCUUCACCUUGUGGGGUUCAGAGCACUCAUGGAACUGGAAUGCUGUAGAUGAGGGGCCCACGAGGGACGUCGUCAAGGAACUGGAGGUAGCCAUUAGGAACAGGACUGACCUGCGUUUUGGACUCUACUAUUCCCUUUUUGAGUGGUUUCAUCCGCUCUUCCUUGAUGAUGAAUCCAGCUCCUUCCAGAAGCGACAGUUUCCAGUUUCUAAGAUGCAGCCCGAGCUCUACGAGUUGGUGAACAAGUACCGGCCGGAGGUCCUGUGGGCAGAUGGCGAUGGAGGGGCACCCGAUUGCUACUGGAACAGCACAGGUUUCUUAGCUUGGCUGUACAAUGAAAGCCCAGUUCGGGACACAGUAGUCACCAAUGACCGUUGGGGAGCUGGUAGCAUCUGUAAGCAUGGUGGCUACUAUACCUGCAGUGACCGGUAUAACCCAGGACAUCUUCUGCCACAAAAGUGGGAAAACUGCAUGACAAUAGACAAGUUUUCCUGGGGCUAUAGGAGGAAUGCAGGAAUCCGUGACUACCUUACAAUUGAAGAAUUGGUGAAGCAACUUGUAGAAACAGUUUCAUGUGGAGGAAAUCUUUUGAUGAAUAUUGGGCCCACUAAGGAUGGCACCAUUUCCCCAGUUUUUGAGGAGCGAUUAAGGCAAAUGGGGACCUGGCUAAAAGUCAAUGGAGAAGCCAUUUAUGAAACCAACACUUGGAGAUCCCAGAAUGACACUGUCACCCCAGAUGUGUGGUACACAUCAAAAGCUAAAGAAAACUUGGUCUAUGCCAUGUUUCUCAAAUGGCCCACAUCAGGACAGCUGUUUCUUGGCCAACCCAAAGCUACUCUGGGGUCAACAGAGGUUAAGCUACUGGGACAUGGACAGCCACUUAAAUGGAUCUCUUUGGAGAAAAAUGGCAUUAUGGUGGAACUGCCACAUCUCACCUUUCAUCAGAUGCCUUGUAAAUGGGGCUGGGCUCUAGCACUAACUAACGUGAUCUAAUGUGCAGCGGAGUGGUUCAUGCUGCAGUUACAUCUAAGACUAGAAAAUAUCAGGUUUCUAUAAUUAUAGCACAUGGAGAAAGCAAAUGUAAAAUGGGUCAAGAAAAGUCAAGUACUUAUUUAGGCAAUACAGUCCCUUUCCCCUCUUACCCCUUAAAUUACCCAUGUAACUGUUGUAACUCUCCAGUGACCUUGUGUUCAGAACAGGCCUCGCCAAGAUGCGCCACUUUGGAAUGUAUUCUUUUGAGCUGAAGGCAAUUGAGACUCUGAGGCUCAUGAGAAACUUUUCUCUCUCCCUUAAGGAAUUUCAAUUUGGGGCCUUGCCCAUAAUAAGAGUUAUCACCAGAGAUACAUUUUUGGUGUUUUUUUUUUUAAAAAAAAUAUAUUUAUCACCAUUUUAAUGUUUCAAGUAAACUGACAGAUCUACAAAGUAAAGAAUAUCUUAAAAAUCUUUGACAGGAUAUUUAAUUUUGUUAGAAUUAAUAUAGAGAUUAAUAUUAAAAACAAAGGAGAAAAUCCACAUAAUUCCAAGAAUAGUGUUGUUACAAGCCUUCUUGGGUCAGUUAACAAUCUUUACCAUCUCCACUUAAUUCUGCAAUCACAAACCUUGCACAUGUCCUCCCACUUAAGACAUUUUUGACAAAGAAAUGUCAGUCAUUGCUGUACACAUCGUGGAAAGAAAUAACUUCUUAUGACCUUUCUAUAAUAGGGCAGGACAAACUUCAAAGUACUGAGCAUCUGAUUUUCUCUUCAUCCUGCAAAGACCUCCCUCCCUCUGAAGCCUCCAUGGGCCUUUCCUUACUCCUCAACCUUAGCUCAGAAUGUCAUAAAUGCCUCAUUUUAACUUCCUGUCUCUGAACCUUUCAUGUGUGUGGAGUUCUCAUAUGCACACAUGUGAUUAAAUUUGAUUAUCUUCUCUUA